AUGUUUCGUUUGUACAAUGAAUUAGUUCAAACAAUAGAGCUGGCCUCAGAAUCUAAUUCAAGAAUUGAGGAAUUACAAUCAAAUGAAUCGAAAUCAUCAAAGUCAUCAACACGAUCAAAAAAAUCUAAAGCAAAGAGUUUAAAUUUAAAUAAUCAACAAAAUCAACGAAGUCAGAAAAAUUUAAGAAAUCAACCAAAUCAACCAAGCCAUCCAAAUCUACAGAAUCAACAGAAUCAAGAACAAAGUCAACAAGAAACAAACCAAAAAGUACCCCAAUCAUCACAAAAUGAUCCGAAUCACAUAUAUAAUAUACCACCAAUUGAUCCUUUAUUAUCAGAAGAAAAACCAUGGAAGAAAGAUCCAAAAUAUUUUAAUAAAUGUAAAAUAUCAUCAUUAGCAUUGAUGAAAAUGUCAAUUCAUGCUCAACAAGGUGGAUCAAUUGAAAUAAUGGGAAUGUUAAUUGGUAAAAUUUUAAAUAAUACAAUUGUUGUAUUAGAUACUUAUAGACUACCUGUUGAAGGAACUGAAACAAGAGUAAAUGCUCAAGGAGAAGCUUAUGAAUAUAUGGUUCAAUAUUUAGAAUUAAAUCAAAAAUUAAGUGGCAAAAUAAGUGAAGAAGAUAAAGAUAAUAAAGAUAAUGAAAUUGAUAAUCAUAUAAGAAAAGAACAUAUAGUUGGUUGGUAUCAUUCACAUCCAGGUUAUGGAUGUUGGUUAAGUGGAAUAGAUGUAAGUACUCAAGAAUUAAAUCAAAAUUUUCAAGAUCCUUAUUUAGCUAUAGUUGUUGAUCCAGUUAAAACUUUAAAACUGGGGAAAGUAGAUAUUGGAGCAUUUAGAACUUUACCACAAGGUUAUCAAGAACAUCAACAACAGCAACAACAGCAGCAACAAAAUAAAUCAAAUUCAACAACACUUCAAAAAAAAUCACAUUUAAUGUUACCAAAACUGAAAAGAUCAGAAUUUGGAAGUCAUUCAAAUCGUUAUUAUUCAUUAGAUAUUGAAAUUUUUGAAAAUUCAAAAGAUUUAAAAAUGUUAAAUUUAAUUAAAAAUCAAAAUUUAGAAAAUCGAGUAGUGAGUAAUAAUAAUGAAACUAAAUUUAAAGAUACAAUUGAUUGCUUUUCAAAUUCAAAUUUUAAAGAUAUAAAUUUUUUAAACAAUUUUGAAUUAAUUGAAGAAGGAAAUAAUUUUAAUGAAGAACUUACAAUGUUAAAUAAAAAACUAACAAAUUUAAAGAAUCCCGUUAUGGAUUAUUCAAAAAAUGAUAUAUUUAAAAAAUUAGUAAAUUUUCAUUUAAAUAAUAAUACUGAAUUAAAAAAUGAUAAAAAAAAUUCGAAAUCAAAAUCAAAAAAAUUGGAUAAAAGACUUAAAGCUCAAAAUCAAGCAGAAGGAUAUUAUGAUGACGCGGUAAAUGUAUCAGAUGAAAGUGAUUUGGAACAUGAUGAUAUUGACAGAGGACAUCAAUCAGCUGGCAUGACUGAUGGAGAAGAUAAUAUUGAAGAAGAAGAAGAAGAGAAUGAUUCAAUGGAUGAUGAAGUGAUUGAAACAAGAAAUCAAAAUCAUUUAAAUGAUGAUAUGGAAACUGAUGAAGAAGAAUCUCAAAAUUUAGAUCAAUCAAGUCGUAGAAAUUUUCUUUUUGAACAACGUCAUAAUAGUAGAUUUCAAAGAGGUUUAGAAUCUUCAAAUCAUUUACAGUUUAAUCCUUAUGAUGAAAAUAUAACAAAUCAUUCACCAAAAAGAUUAAAACGUCGUCAAGAAUCUGAUCCACGUUUACAACAUCAACAACAAAAUAUAUCAAGAAGAGAUCAAUUAGAUGACGUAUUAAAUUUGGAUCAUAGAGUAUAUUCAAGACAACAAAGAAGUUCAAAACUGGAUAAAAAUAAAAAAAAUCAAUCAUGGAAUAAAAAUAAUAAUUUAAGAGAUAUUAUUAGUCAACAACAACAACAACAAUAUCAAAAUCAAAGACAAAUGGGAUAUAAUUAUAAUUUAGGUUCAGGUUCUUCAUCUAAUGAUUAUAAUAACAAUUAUAGAUUAUUAAAUUAUGGUGGAAUUGAAUUAAAAGAUAAAAAUAAAGAAUUAAUUGAAUCAAAUAAUAUAAUUUUAAAUAAUUCAUUAAGUAAUUUGAUUAAUUUAGAACUUCAAUCAAAUAAUCAAUUAGAUGUUAAUAUUGAUGAAGAAGUUAAAGGUGAUGUAGAAAUUGAUGGAGAUGAUGAUGAAAAAGAAGAAGAACAAGAAGAAGAAGAUGACGAAGACCAAGAUGAUGAAGAAAAAGAAGAGCAAGAAAAUCAAAAAAGAGAACAAAUGGAUAAUGAAGAAGCCCAAGAAGAUGAAGGAAAAGGCGAAGAUGACGAUAAUGCUCAAGUUUAA